AUGGUUCUUGCCUUGAAAACAAAAGGCACACAAGAAGUGGCUGAUGGAGUUGAAGCUGAAAAGAGGGGCUGCAGUAUUGUGAUCACUGGCUUAGCUGAAUUGGGGGCUGAUAGAUCCUUGAUGGAAAGACAGAGGAACCUCGAAGAAAAAGUGGCCAAUGUCCUUGAUCCGUUUGAAGUUGACUGCCUGCCCGAAGUAGCUUACAGGUUGGGAAAGUUCAACGGUAACAACCAACGUCUUGUUAAAGUUGUACUCCCUUCUCGUUCCCACUGGGCAAAGGCUCUGUCAAGAGCGCACUUCGUACGCCGCACAAGCCUUUCGAACAUGUUUGUACGUAAAAGUAUGACCGCGGCAGAACGAAAACGGGAUUAUGAGUUAAGGCACAAGGCUCGUCUAAGAAAUAAACUGUCGUCUACGCAUGGGGGGGAGGGUGGUUAA